CUGACAUGUUGCGCACGCACAAUAUAACACAUCGAAGUAUAAAUAAAAUAAGUACAUGUAACUUUUGCUUUUAUUUUUGUCAACAAAUGCGUAGUGCUUACGAAUAAAUAAUAUCUCGAUCUGUCCAACUGUGACAGUAAAACACAAUCGUGUGUUAGAUAAAAAAUAUAAAAAUGUUAUAUAUUUUAAGCAUGUAGAAUAUUGUUAUCAUCAAAGUUAAUAGUAAUUAUCAAAAUUUUAAAAUGAAUAUUGAAAAAAAUAGAUUACAAACAUUUAGCGAUUGGCCGGCAAAUGCUCCUAUUGAUGCUACACAAUUAGCAAAAGCAGGAUUUUACUAUACUGGACAUGAAGAUGUGGUAAUAUGUGCAUAUUGUAAGGGUGUUUUAAAGAAGUGGGAACGGGGUGAUGAUCCAAAUGUAGCACAUAGAAUACAUUUCCCGCAAUGUGAUUUUUAUUUACACCAAAAUGCAGAUGGUAUAUAUUCAUUCGUUAAACAUUUUUUUUUUAUCUAGAACAUUUGUUCCAUUAUAGUUUUUUUCUUAACAGAUGUAACAGCAAGUCUCACAGAAUUAGGAAUUCAAACACAUGCAGGUCCAAAACAACCAGAUCAUGCAACAUAUGAAGGACGAUUGAGCACUUUCUCUGGUUGGCCUGAAAAACUAAAACAGACACCAGAAAUAUUGGCCAGUGCAGGAUUUUAUUAUACAGGAUUGGGAGAUCAAGUUAGAUGUUUUCAUUGCGAUGGUGGCUUACGAGAUUGGGAAGUAACAGAUGAUGUAUGGACUGAACAUGCAAGGUGGUUUCCUAAAUGUGAAUUUGUAAAUCUCAUAAGAGGUCAAAAAUUUAUUCAGCAAUGCAUUGCUAAUAGACCACCAUUAAAUCCAUCGAUUUUCGAAGGUGUACCUGAAGAUGAAAGUGCAGAUCUAAAUGUAACAUCCACUGUUUCACUUUGUGCUGCUUCUUCAUCUACUCAAGGGAUUACAAAAACAGAAGAAGCUGAAACUCUAAAUUGGGUUCCAGUUAGUACAUUGAUGCAAAGAAAUGAUAACGCAGAAGGGUGUAAUGAUAGUGAAAUAACUAGUUCUCAACAAGACUUAACUGAAGAUAAAAGUAAAGUAAUUUCAGAUAAAACGGAGAAUUUAAAAACACCUGAUAAACAUGAUAACAGUUUUCAAAAAGCAAUUGACGUAAAAUUAGAAGAAAAUGCAUCCUUAGAAGAAGAAAAUAGGAGGUUAAAGGAAGCUCGUUUAUGUAAAAUUUGUAUGGAUCAAGAAGUGGCUAUAGUAUUUUUACCAUGCGGUCACUUAGCAACUUGCGUAUUCUGCGCUGCAUCCCUUACAUAUUGUCAAAUUUGUCGACAAGAAAUUCUAGCUAAUGUUCGUGCAUUUUUAUCAUACUUAAACAAGAUGACUGGUAUCCUUAAACAUCAUAGAGAGUUGGGAAGCGAAUCAAAUAUUAAACCUUCGGCAAAUACACAAUUAACAUCGCAGGCUCCUGUAGCACCUCAUUUGUUAAGCGAUGAAGUGGACAAUAUCGAUUAUCGUUUUGAAUUAGCCAGACUACAGAGUUUUGAAAAUUGGCCUGUGCGAUAUAUUGAACCAGAGAAACUCGCAGCUGCUGGAUUUUAUUAUACCGGAGAAGGUGAUAAAGUAAGGUGUUUUGAAUGUCAUGUUGAAAUUUGUCAAUGGGUAGAGGGUGACAACCCUAUGGUUGAUCAUCAACGUUGGUCGGGAAGAUGCAGAUUCAUUCGUAAAAUCAAUUGUGGCAAUGUCCCAAUCGGAGUAGAUCCUAACACAGUUUUACCACCAAGACCAAGGAGUAGAGAUGUAUGUGGGCCUUAUGGGAUUGAAUAUAGACCUACUUCUGGUCCUGACAAUCACAAUUUAUCAUCGGAAUUACAACUACCAAGUACAGCAAAACUAAGCUGUUUAGGUUUGGGAAGACCUAAAGGACCAGUGCAUUCAGAAUAUGCCAGCCACGAUGCUAGGUUACGUACAUUUAAAGCAUGGCCAAAGUUUAUGCCUCAAACAAAAGAGCAGCUAGCAGAUGCUGGAUUUUAUUACACUGGUAAAGGCGAUCAAACCCUGUGUUAUCAUUGUGGAGGGGGUUUGAAAGAUUGGGAACCAGAGGAUGAUCCCUGGGAACAACAUGCAAAAUGGUUCUCCAAAUGUUAUUAUCUGUUGAUGGUGAAAGGUCAAGAGUAUGUUAAUAAAGUAACAGGUCAACACAUAUCCCCACCAUCUAAAGAGGAAACAAUGCAAAUGAAUCUACCGAGUUUCAUUAAGAAAGUUCAACCUGUAUCAACGGAAGCAGAAAAGAAAGGGGAAGUAGAAAGUAAACCCGGUCCAAGUUCUCAAGACAUUGGUUCUGCGGACAGUGGAAUUGAAAGUAUCGGAACUAACACAGAAUCCGAAAAAGGAAGCAUAGAAGAUUUAUCAAAUGCAAAGACGCAAAACAAUAAACCCAUAGAUGAUGCAAGGAUGUGCAAAAUUUGUUAUAAUGGAGAAUUAGGAGUAGUAUUUUUACCAUGUGGACAUAUAGUUGCUUGUGUUAAAUGUGCUCCUGGCAUGACAACUUGUGCAGUAUGCAGGGAGCCUGUUACUAUGACCGUGCGAGCCUUCUUCUCAUAGUAUUCCAUAGCUUGUGAUAAAAAAUGACUAAUUAAACUAAAUGAGAAAUUCAACAUAUGAUUUCUGUUAUAGUAUUUUACAAUCGAUCGUCUAGCGAUAAUCAAUCGCAAACGAUAAACAAUCGCACACGAGAAACAAUCGCACUCAAUGACAUGACUCUGUACAGUUCGCCUCUUUUGUACUGAGCCUCGAUCUAAGGGCUAAGGGUGCAGGGGGCAAUACGAGACGUCCAUUUGCGGCGCUCUGCUCGAUAGUUAUGGCGGCUCAGUUUCGGCACGUUCUUGUUAUUGCCCGAGUCGUGCAACACAGAAUGCAAGCGAAACGAAAUGCGACGAAGUAAGAUAUACGAACAUUGGUGUCGGAUUUCAUUUCUGCGUUGCGGCGAUUCUUUACGUUUACUGAAUCGCAGACACACGAAGGCUCGGCUACUAUGUUUUCUCGAAGGAUAGAAGUGGAACGUGCGGCUGAUUCCCAUUGCCCCUCUGCUCUGUUAGCCCCUAGAUCGAGGCUCAGCACAAAAGAGGCGAACUGUAGCAUACCAGUCUGCGGGUACAAGCUAAUUUUGUCUGAAACAUAAUAAGCUGUACCUGCAACUGAAUGUUGCUAUUUGCACAUUCACAAAUUUGUGUUGUCCAUAUCAUUGGAUUAAUUAGAAAGGCAACAGAAAAAAUGUGCUUGACACAAAUAGUACAAAUAGCAACAAAUGCAGUCUAGUCAUUAGUAUUAAAUAAUGACGAAAAUGUGUAGAGAUUUACAACUAUAAGUUAUAGAAAUCUAAUGGAAGGAAUAUUCAAUUUUAAUUUUAUUGCAAUACUAAUAAAAUUAACGUCCACUUCGUUCGUUACCCUAGUUUAGUUUCGUCCGAUAUUGCCGGCUACUAUUUUGAUUUUAUACAUUUUGCUACAAGGAAUGUGUGGAUACUUUGUAAUAGAAUGUUUUUUUUCAGAAUAAUUAAGGAAAAGUAAUUGCGAACAUGCGAAUCACAGACUACAUACAAAUACAUAAUUAUUCGACUUAACUAAUCUAGGGUGUUGUAAUGUUUAUAUAUUCCACAAAAUGGAAAAGUUUAGCGCUUUUAUAAGUUAAGAAAAUUGGUGAUAUUACAAAACUGAUAUGUACAUUAUGUAUACAAUGUGAUUACAAAACAGGGAAAAGUUAUUCGUUUUAAUAGAUAACAAAUUAACAGAAACAAUAGAUAUUUACAUUCAAUUAGUGAAUAAUGCUGGAAUUUUUCUACCUACUUGCUUUCGGCUAUGAUUAGCAUUAUUGUAUAUUACAUAAAUGAAAAAUGGAAUGCAUUGACAAUUAAUUUCCGUCUUUGAAAUUUUACUUACACAAAACAGACUGUCCUAAAUUAAACGUAGCACAAGUAUUUCCUAUAUUAACAUUAUUUCACAAGUUUCAAAUGAAACAAUAAGUUUAAGUUUUUCGUUAGAUAAUUUGAAUAAGAAAUAUAUAUAUAUAUAUAUAUGUAUAUGUAUAUGUAUAUAUAUAUGUAUAUUUCGGCCUUUAUUUUGGCCUCGUCAGCGUAGAAAUGAACUUUAGCUUACAAAUGUUUACAUAUUCAUCCUUCUAUUCAUCAUUCACUUCUUAAUUUUAUAUCUAACUACUUUGUCCCAUUUACAUCAAUGUUCUACCUACUUAUGUAUCCUUAUAUAAGCAUUCACGCAUUUGUAUAACUUAACUUAGUUAUUCAGCCUCUUUUUUUCAUUUUAUUUUCCAAUUGUUUUAAUCAUUUUACUUUCUCACAGUAUCUGCCUUCCCCUAUCCUUACCAUUGUCCUUUGAUUAAGAAAUAUUUGGAAUCAAUUGAAAUUCCUAAUUUUCUAUUUAAUUAAUUUAACUGGCAAGUCUGUGUAGGUAUAAGAAAAUUCACAUUCAAUAUGUAUUGUGACUGAUAGAUAUUUAUCACAUAUAACAUACAAUGUAAGAAUUAUUUGUUGUAGGGUUAAAGGGUUUAGAAGUUAAUAAAGUAGGAUGUAGUUCAUUACAAUUUUGCCUUUCCGCUAGUUACUGUAUUUGUAAAUGACUCGAACAUUGCGUUAAUUUGUCUGUUGAAAGUGUCCAAAUCGUAAAAGCAGAAUAUAAAGUUCAAGAGAAUCAUAUAUUCCUUAUGUAAUGAAUUUUCAAUUAUAACCGUUGCAUUUAUUUCUACAUAGCGAAAUUACUGUUUUAACCUCUAAUAGAAAUAAACGUUUUGUGGAAUAAACAAAGGACCCAAAUAUUGUUUUCAAAAAUAGAUAAUUGUUUCUUCAUUUAA